AUGGCACCGAGCCACCUCCUGCGGGCCGCGAUGCCCAUCCGCUCAAUUGCAUCGCCAAUGAGCCUGGCACGAUCAAGCAUUGUCCCUUCCAAUCUCUCCCUCCGCCAAAGCAUUCGCUACAACUCUUACACACCUACGGAAUCCACACAAGAACCCAUCACCCCUCCACCAACGUCCCCCGCCACCCCGACGCCGACCAUCCCCAAAUCCCAAACUCUCAACCCGCCCACGCUGCUCCGCGACUAUGCCUCCUCAACCAAGACCGGCACUGUCACCUCCGUCGGCCGCAUGGACCGCACUGUCACUGUGGUCUACCGCUCUAACGAGUGGGACAAGCACAUCCGGAAACACUACCGCAAGGAAGUGAAGCUCCUGGUAUCCGACCCGCAAAACUCUCUGCGCAAGGGCGACGUGAUCGAGUUCUCUUCCGGUGCUCCCAAGAGCCGCCGCGUGCACCACGUCGUUGAGCGCAUUAUCACUCCUUUCGCUGUGCCCAUUGAGGACCGACCGGCUCUGUUGACGCGGGAGGAGCGCGAGCAGGAGCGUGAAAAGCGCUGGGCUGCGAAGUAUGUUCGCAGGGAGUCACGGCGGUUGGGUGAGGAGCUUGAUUUGGAGGCUAUUGCACGAGAGGAGGGUCUUGUUCAAGAGGGAGAGGCGCUUUCUACGGCCGGGUUGAUUCACCGUAUUUUCCUCGGACAGGAGCGCAUCGGCAAGGUGAAAAAGCUGGUGCAGGAGCGGACUGCUGAAGUCCAGGCAUGA